AUGAACAGUGACUUAUCCCUGGUUCUACAACAAGGCUAUGGCCACCCUCGUCAACAGUGUUGGGCUAGCCAGCUUCCAUUAGCUGCACAAGAAUAUCAUGCUACUUCCCUCGCCUCUGUCUCAUACCCCGUGAGGCAGGUAACGAUACCCUUUUCCCUCCACACCGUCGUCCUCCACCCCACCUCAAACAUACACGCAUUCAUUAACACCCUCCGCCUCCAAGACGAAUAUAGCCAGGUUUCGGACAACGCACAGAUGUCUGAGUACUGUGGCGCAUAUUGGAAUUUACACAUCCUCACGCCCCACCUUCCUCUACGUGCUUUGCUCCUGCCUGCGCCGCACACUUCACCGAGCGCUGUCUUGCGACCUACAUUGACUCUGAGGAUUUGGUCUAGCUGUCCCUUUGUCGCCUUGUUGACAUUACAUACUACGUGCCCCCGUCACUACGCCUCAAAUCAUUUCAAUAUCAGCCUCGCCACCACGUUAACAUCAUCGGCUCGCGACUUGUUCACAUUCGGAGAUGACGGUGUGCCUGCGUGCACCACUGACGGCGAUCAUAAACUAAGGCACCCUGUGUUCUGGCACUCUACUUACUUUCAGAUUGUACAGGCUCGCUGUAAUUUCAACCAUUCGGCUCCUGGACCGCGCCAGCUCACUGUAAAUCCCCGUAAAUUGAACCCGAUUUACCGUAAAUUCUGGGAGUACGCGACGCGACACGUUGGUUCUAUUUGGUUGUUGAUGGAGGCCGCUGCUCGUCGUCCGGCCUUCGGCCGACUCCUCGCAGCGGCAACGAGCAGUGUUAUCAACUCCAUGUUUGCCCCCCGGUUCAACCCGUGUUCCUCCACCAUGUCCUUUUGUUUCCAGCUCGACGGCUCUCCCGUUUCUGUUGAGCUUUCGUCUGGUCGAUCCUAUGUGUCUGUCGCUUGUUCGAACCGUUAUGGCUCGUUUUUCUUGCAAAUCCAAGGCACACAGCAAAGCCACAAUGACUAG